AUGAUGCAAGCUCAACAGUCCCCAUUCCAGCAAGGAUGGGCACCACUGGAGUGCCUGCCAUCUGAAGUGCUUGAGAAACUCGCCGAGUUUGUCGGCGACAUUGCCAUCAUCACCGCAAGUGAGGAAGCCGACCAUUUCAGUGAGAACAUCAUCGACUCACCCGCGUCAAACACAUGGGGGCCAAGUUACCACGACAUGCAGUCUUUGGCCCUUGUCUCCUCAAGCUUCAAGUACCCGGCGCAGCGUGCUCUUUUCCAAGUCGCCGUCCUGAAGACCACCAGUGGCCUGAUGCGCUUUGUUCAAAGCCUGCUGAUGUACCCGGACAACCGGCGCCACGUACGAUAUCUCGUGGCUGUCAUUACAGACUAUGACCGCGCGUUGUCUAUCAGAUCGAGGCCUCCUCAGCCGUUGGUCUUGAGAGAAUUCUACCGCAAGGUCUACCGUCUUCUCUCCACACCUCAAGCCAAUGUUCUCCCCGAGAACGGCUUUCUCCGCCGUACCUUGCAAAGGGCGAUCGACAUCUUGCUCGCGACACCGCGUACCCUAUUUGCCGCGACAGUCAUCCAAAUCAUCCGUGUGAGCGGUAUCAACUUUCACGCUAUAGAGGACCAGGUCCUCACCACGGCUGUUCAACUCUGCACAAGAAUCAAGGGAGUCCGCUUCUGCUUCGGUGAGCCUAUGCGCCAUUCCUUGCCCCCCAGGCCCAUCACCACCAACAUGAACCCAAUCUUGCCUAUCCCACCCGCGGCCAACCCGUCUUACUCCAGCCUGUUACGCAACCACCCAUUACGUUUCACGUCUCUGACUCUGGACUUCGGCUCCCUUUACUCCUUAAUCAACCUCAGGAGCUUUGAGCGGGGCUACCCAACCGGCCUGCCACCCUCAAUCGAGCGUCUUACCCUGGUCGGAAACCGGGUUGACUCGGAAUUACCCUACGAGCUUUUCACAAUCGAGAGACUUGCCGGUUGGCUGAGGACCAACCACCAGUUGCGCGAGCUCAGACUGGUCGACGACUUCGACAAGAUGGUUCGCUAUGCCGACAACAGACUCUCGCACAAUGUCAACCCUGGUCCCCUGCCUGCCCAUGCGCUCAACUGGAACGACAUCUUGCGUUCCUACCGUAACACGCUUGAGCUGUUGGAGAUGGGUUGGGACAAGCCUUCCGCUUUGGGCAUGAAGGCCAAGUUUGGCGAGUCCGGGCAGCUCGACUGCUUGCCCGAGAUGAACAGCCUCAGAUAUCUCAAGGCGCCCUUGGUCAGUCUUGGAGGCAACUUCAUUGUUCCACUGAGCAAUGAUGAGAACCUCAUCGAGUCGGUAAAGACCGGGUUCCCUGCCAGCUUGAGGAAUGUUGACCUGAUGGUGGUCAAUCCGCCUCAGACACGGGCAGAGAGGGAUGAACUAAGCUGGAGGUUUGUCGAGUUCCAGCUUUGA